UUCAUGACCACAUACCGCGUUGAUCCCUCACUUCCCGCUUUCAAAUUCACAAUUGGCACUGCUUUGCCGUACUCUACAUCAUGGACCCGCUCAGCAUAUCGAGCGGCGUUUUGGCAGUUGGGGGCUUCGCCCUCAAGGCUAUCAUGACUCUCCAUGGGAACAUCCGUAGCAUGAAGAGCCAGGACAAGGACGCCCGAGCGCUCAAGGGGGAACUGAGCGACCUGACUGGGGUGUUGAGUUCACUCCUGGAGACAAUUGCCAGCAAUCCAACUCUCGACUUCGAAGCCCUCGAGGGUCCACUUCAACGCUGUGGUAACGCAUGCGAGGAGUACGGCAAAAUCAUUGCCCGAUGUACGAAAUAUUCCAGCGACACAUCACGGCCGAGUUUGCGGGAUUGGAUCCAGCAGAAAUAUCUUCAGGGAGAUAUCAACGACUUCAAGGCUAUGUUAGCUGCACAUAAGGCCACUAUCAACAUUGCUCUAGCAAAUGCAAACCUCCGUAUCGCUGCUGUACCACCUGAGGUCCUCGAAGACUAUAAGGACAUGAUCUGCGAUACCACAAUCGACCUGAAUGCCCACAUGAAAGACCUGCAAGAAAAGAUUGACCGCCUCCAGGCCGGGGAUGCCACGGCUGUCGAUGAUGUUGCAAUUGAAUGGCAGGCAAUGAUGGACGAAAAGGAGAGCACUCAGCGAGGUCUCAACAUGUGUGUUCAGUUGUCUGCUCAGAUUGCGAAGUUUGAAACAGUUUCUGUGGAGCAUCUGCAGUUUUCCGAACGCCCGUCGGCAUAUAAAUACGUCAAGAGCAGUCUGGGCGAAGCCAGGGGCACAAUCACGUCUCUUGUAGCUCGUCUACAGACUCACGAGGCUCUUAUUAGCCGCCAACUGGACGCCAUACGUUUAAACGACGCGUUUUCCGAACCCGUUGCUGAACAACUUGCACGCCUCCAACAGACCAGAGAAAGCAUCACCCAGUGCAUACAGAUCGUGUCCGAGGCUGGCGAAUCAGCCAAUGAGCGAAGUAACGUCUUCGAAGAUAUCACUCUGGCAGACAACAGCUACGCCUUUUCAGUUUCAACAGUCAAUGAACUCGUCAUAGCUAGGCGGCUCAACCUCACCGAUCGCUCACGACAUUUUGGUGGACAGGUGACGGAUGACACCGUGCAAAAGUCUAUUGCAGCUCUCACACAGCUAGAUACGGAGCAUAUAAAAUCUCUACGAAAUGAGCGAGGUUCCCAACAGGACCCAUCAGGUAUUGAUAGCCCUAAGCAAUUCUCUAGUCGUUUUGGACCUGGUGUAACACUUCUAGGUAAGACAUCUGAGAGACAAUGCUAGAUAGUGUUACAUUCUUUGUAGGUAUGUAAAAGGGCGGUUGAAAGCAUCAAACUUGUCUUAAGUUAUUUUACGCUAGUCAUUUAAUGGAUACCAAUUAAUCUAC